UCUCCAGUUGGCUGCUGAUAUGGAACCUGUUAUAUGAGCAGAAAUAGAAAGAUUCUAAUUUGUUCACAGCUUUUAUUGUUAUUACAAAGAUGGCAUCAGCUUUAGCAGGAGAUGAUCUGUCGGCAAGAUCGAUGAGCAGCGGGCAGGGUUGGGGGUCAGCGAGGUUCCGGGAUAUUUGGCAGACUCCGUCCGAAGUGUUCGAGAGGAGCCAACGCCAUGAUACGGAGGAAGACCUCAUGUGGGCUGCCAUCGAGCGGCUUCCCAUGUAUGACAGGCUCAGGAAGAGUAUGAUAAGGAGAGUUGGUGAUAACGGGAAAGUUGAUCUUCAUGAAGUUGAUGUAACUAAGCUUGGACCUCACCAAAAGAAGCAACUCAUGGACAGUAUUUUGAAGGUUGUCGAUGAAGAUAAUGAAAAGUUCCUCAGAAAAUUAAGGGACCGAACUGAUAGAGUUGGGAUUGAAAUUCCAAAGAUUGAAGUUAGAUUUGAGCAUUUAUCAGUUGAAGGAGACGUUUAUGUAGGAAGCAGAGCUCUUCCUACACUGCUUAAUACUACUUUGAACAUUAUCGAGAGUAUUCUUGGAUUGGUUCGGCUUCUACCAUCAAAGAAGAGAAAGAUUGAGAUACUUAAAGAUGUUAGUGGAAUUAUCAAGCCAUCAAGGAUGACCCUAGUUUUGGGUCCUCCAGGCUCAGGAAAAACAACACUAUUACAAGUACUUGUGGGAAAACUUGAUCGUGAUCUAAGAUCUUGUGGGAGAAUCACAUAUUGUGGUUACGAAAUGAGUGAGUUUGUUCCUCAAAGAACAUGUGCUUACAUCGGUCCCCAUGAUGUUCACCAUGGUGAAAUGACGGUGAGGGAAACAUUAGAUUUCUCGGGACGGUGUCUCGGCGUUGGCACUAGAUAUGAAAUAUUGAAGGAGCUCUCGAAGCGAGAAAAAGAGGCUGGGAUCAAGCCGGAUCCUGAAAUUGAUGCAUUCAUGAAAGCAACAGCUAUGGCAGGCCAAAAAACCAGCUUGGUUACAGAUUAUGUUCUUAAGAUACUUGGAUUAGAAAUAUGUUCGGAUACUCUGGUAGGAGACGAAAUGCGUAGAGGUAUUUCCGGUGGUGAAAAGAAGCGUUUGACAACUGGAGAGAUGUUGGUUGGUCCGGCAAAGGCCUUCUUUAUGGACGAAAUAUCGACCGGGCUGGACAGUUCUACUACAUAUCAGAUUUGCAAGUUCAUGAGGCAAAUGGUUCAUAUCAUGGACGUAACCAUGGUUAUUUCUCUUCUACAACCAGCACCGGAGACAUACGAUCUGUUCGACCACAUUAUCCUACUUUCAGAGGGUCGAAUAGUCUACCAAGGUCCCACUGAAUGUGUCCUUGAGUUCUUUGAAUACAUGGGUUUCAAAUGCCCUGAAAGAAAAGCAGUUGCAGACUUUCUGCAAGAAGUAACUUCCAAGAAGGACCAAGAGCAAUAUUGGUUCCGGAAAGACCAGCCUUACAGUUAUGUUACGGUUUCUGACUUUGUACAGGGCUUCAACUCAUUCCACAUUGGCCAACAGCUGGAAUCGGAUCUUAGGGUCCCUUAUGACAGAUCAGUAGCACACCAUCCUGCAUUAGUUACAGAAAAGUAUGGUAUUUCAAACUGGGAAUUGUUCAGGGCAUGCUUUGCAAGAGAGUGGCUGCUACUGAAACGUAACUCGUUCGUGUACAUAUUCAAGACCGUCCAAAUUACGAUCAUGUCGAUGAUUGCCAUGACCGUGUUUUUCAAAACAGAAAUGCAUGCAGGCAAUUUGCUAGGCGGGUCAAAAUUUUUAGGAGCUUUGUUUUACAGUCUAAUCAAUGUGAUGUUUAAUGGUAUGGCAGAACUUGCAAUGACGUGUUUCAGGCUUCCUGUUUUCUAUAAACAAAGGGACUUCUUAUUUUACCCUCCAUGGGCAUUCGGCCUUCCAAUUUGGAUAAUCAAGAUCCCUUUUUCGAUUCUGGAAUCCGGAAUAUGGAUCUGCCUCACAUACUACACCAUUGGAUUUGCUCCAGCUUCUGGCAGGUUCUUCAGACAGUUCCUGGCAUUCAUAGGCAUUCAUCAGAUGGCUCUAUCCCUGUUUAGGUUCAUUGCUGCUAUAGCAAGAACACAAGUCUUCGCCAACGCAUUGGGUACCUUCACCUUGCUAAUGGUUUUCGUGCUUGGAGGUUUCGUUGUUGCCAAAGAUGACAUUGGUCCAUGGAUGAUAUGGGGCUACUAUUUGUCUCCAAUGAUGUAUGGACAAAAUGCCAUCGUCAUGAAUGAAUUUCUUGAUGAAAGAUGGAAUACAAAAAUUAAUGACUCCAGAUUUCAUGCAACUACAGUCGGAAAACUUCUUCUAAAGAGUAGAGGAUUCUUUACAGAAGAUCAUUGGUUUUGGGUUUGUGUUGCAGCACUAUUCGGAUUUUCUAUUCUCUUCAACGUUUUAUUCAUCGUAGCAUUGACUUACUUGAACCCUCUGCGCGAUUCCAAAGUUAUUGCUGUCGAUGAAAAUGAAAAUAAGAACAAGAAAGAGUCGUCCUCUGGAGAAAACAAAGAAGGUAUUGAUCUGCCUGUGAGAAAUUCUUUGGAUACUGCCGACAUUGCAGACCGGCCAUGUAGAAGAGGAAUGGUGUUGCCUUUCAAACCCCUUUCACUUGCAUUCAACCAUGUUAGCUACUCUGUAGAUAUGCCUUCUGAAAUGAAGACUCAAGGUGUUCAAGAGAGUCAUCUUCUGUUGCUACGAGAUGUUAGCGGUGCUUUUAGACCUGGGAUAUUGACAGCAUUGGUGGGUGUCACUGGUGCCGGUAAGACUACCCUGAUGGAUGUAUUAGCAGGAAGGAAAACCGGGGGAUACAUCGAGGGAAGCAUAAGCAUCUCUGGAUAUCCAAAAAAUCAAGCUACAUUUGCUCGUGUCAGUGGCUAUUGCGAACAAAACGAUAUCCACUCGCCUCAUGUCACGGUCUAUGAAUCUCUGCUGUACUCAGCCUGGCUUCGCCUUUCUUCGGAAGUUGACACCAAGAAAAGAAAGAUGUUCAUUGAAGAGGUCAUGGAGUUGGUUGAGCUCACGGCACUAAGGGAUGCUUUAGUUGGCCUUCCAGGAGUAGAUGGUCUUUCAACAGAACAAAGGAAGAGGUUGACAAUCGCGGUUGAACUGGUUGCGAAUCCUUCUAUCAUCUUUAUGGAUGAACCAACUUCCGGACUUGAUGCCAGGGCUGCUGCAAUUGUCAUGCGGACCGUGAGAAACACGGUCGAUACAGGGAGAACCGUUGUGUGCACGAUUCACCAACCUAGCAUAGCCAUUUUUGAGUCUUUUGAUGAGUUACUGCUGAUGAAAAGAGGAGGCCAAAUCAUCUAUGCUGGACCUCUUGGUUGCAAUUCUCACCAUCUUGUAGAGUAUUUUGAGGCUAUACCUGGAGUUCCCAAGAUUAAGGACGGAAAUAAUCCGGCAACAUGGAUGCUUGAAAUCAGCUCUCCAGCAGUUGAGAAUCAACUGAAUGUAGACUUUGCAGAAACUUAUGCUAAAUCCCCACUUUAUCAGAGGAAUCAAGAACUUAUUAAAGACCUAAGUACUCCAGCUCCAGGCUCCCAGGAUCUCCACUUCCCAACCAAAUAUUCUCUACCAUUCCUUUCUCAAUGCAAGGUUUGUUUCCUGAAGCAACACCGCUCUUACAUGAGGAACCCUUCGUAUAAUGGCAUCAGGUUCUUCAUAACAAUCGUUGUCGGCAUCUUGUUCGGCCUUAUCUUCUGGAACAAAGGACAACAAAUAGAAAAACAACAAGAUGUGUUGAACUUCUUCGGAGCAAUGUAUUGCGCGGUGUUUUUCCUUGGAGCCGUGAAUACUGCAACGGUGCAAGGGGUUGUUGCUAUAGAGAGAACAGUCUUUUAUCGCGAAAGAGCUGCCGGGAUGUAUUCUGCACUUCCUUAUGCUUUUGCUCAGGUGGCAAUAGAGAUAAUCUAUACUGCAAUCCAGACAGUGAUCUAUACUGGACUUCUAUACUCAAUGAUAGGCUAUGAAUGGAAGGCCGACAAGUUCCUAUGGUUCUACUACUUCAUAACUGCAAGUUUUAUCUACUUCACAUUGUAUGGGAUGAUGAUUAUUGCUCUCACUCCAGGCCCUCAAAUUGCAGCCAUUGUCAUGUCAUUCUUCCUAAGUUUCUGGAACAUCUUCUCGGGCUUUCUCAUUCCGAGACCGCAAAUCCCAAUAUGGUGGAGGUGGUACUAUUGGGUGACUCCAGUGUCUUGGACACUCAAUGGCCUUAUUACAUCUCAACUGGGAGACAAAAACUCUGAUCUCGAGGUGCCUGGAUUUCCCAACGUUCCGAUUAAAUUAUACCUAAAGAAAAUGUUCGGGUUCGAGUAUGACUUCCUUCCGGUGGUUGCGGUUGCACACAUCGGUUGGUGUCUGCUCUUUUUCUUUGUCUUUGCCUAUGGCAUCAAGUUCUUUAACUUUCAAAGGAGAUAGAUAACUAUCUCCUUUCAAUACAUAUGUAGUCAUGGCAGACUGCCAACAUAAUACAAUAAUGCAUGA